AUACGGCUAGUGGAAGGGACAUACUGUACAGUAUAUAUACAUGCAAUAAUUUGGAGGAAUAUAUUAAUCAAUAUGUCAGAGGAUAAUAUAUACCAAAUAAACCUGAAGGAGCUUAUUGAAGACUAUGCAUGGAGCUGUUUUCAAGACAAUAUGGGAUUUACAAGGGGUAUCUUUAACAGAAAAUCCAAGUUUUACUUCGAUAUAAGCUGGGGAUACCUCGAUUUCUCACACAAGACUGAGAGCACAAAAAGACCGUUGCCCGUAGACAUGUAUCAGAAAAACGUGGAGUUGUAUCAUUCGGAAUACGAGAAUAAAACCACCACAAAACAGAGCUACACGUUUUCAACAUCAAGGGAGACUUCUGCGACUACUAGGAUUGAGCUGCAGGAGAACUACACUAUUGGUGCUGAAACUAAUCUGGAGGUGGACUUAGCGGGUAUUGUUAAAUUUGGGGGUGGAGUGAAUGGGUCUUUGUCGGUGACUAAAACAAAAGGCCAAGAGUUUACCGAGACUCUCACUUGGAAAAUCGAUACAAAUGUUGUGGUCCCUCGCUCGAAUCGCGCCCUUGCGACGCUGUGUGUUCAUGAAGAACCAUCAAUACUUGACUUCACGGUAACUACGACCCUCUCAUUGCCAAAGAAAACUCUUCCAGUGUCUUUAAGACGAAAACGAGAUGAAAAAAUCUUGAAAACGUACUACAUCACGAACCUGAGCGUAAUUUUCGCCGAAUACAACAAGAAGUAUGAGAACGAUAAACACAGAAUUGUAAAAAUUGAAACAAGGCCGUUUGAAGGGAGUUCGAUAGAUGAAGUUAUAGCUGUGAUUACCUCCCGUGGCACGUGUAAAAACGUCUCUUGGAAAAAACAGCAUGUUCAGGUACAGUUUACACCGAUAGAAGGCCCUCCAAAAAUGAAAAGAAGCCGAGCGACGGUCAGAAGAUGAUGGUGAAUAACUGUGACCCCGUGUGUGACAGUGACUGAAAGUUAUAUGAUCACACAUUAUUGAUAGCAGAAAGUUUGAUAAAAAUGUGUGAAAUUUUCUGGAAACAGUUUGAUAAAAUUUAAAAUAAAUAUGAUCAUAGACGCUAUUAGUUUAAUCAUAGCCGAAGAAACAGGAUAACAAGAGAAUUUAUGUUGUAGAGGCGAAUCGGCAGAUACAUAUAACAGUUCCUUACUGUUAUUGUUUAGACACGUGCAAUGUUUCACUGCUAGAAGUUUUUCUUACAAAUAUCUUUUUAAAUGUCUAUCAUCAACAUUUUGGCAUUCAGAGCAAUUAAAGAUUAUUUCAGAACUGCACAUU